UGUAGUCCGGGAACUACGAGCCCCGGCGUGCCCCGGCCGCGGGCUGUGGCCGGGCGGGAGCGGCAUGGCGCUGGGCGGCUGCCUGCGGGCCGGCCGGGGCCUGCUGCGCGCCGCGGGGCCGCGGGGCCCGCCCGCCCACAGGGGCUACGCCGGGGGCCAGCCGCCGGCCUUCGGGUUCCUCUUCGACGUGGACGGCGUGCUGGUGCGGGGCAGCCAGGCCCUGCCCGCCGCCCGGCAGGCCUUCCGCAGGCUGGUGGACAGCAGCGGGCGGCCGCGGGUGCCCGUCGUCUUCCUGACCAACGCCGGCAACUGCUUGAGAUCCGCCAAGGCCCAGGAGCUCUCCCAGGCGCUGGGGCUGCAGGUGUCUCCGGAGCAGGUGAUCCUGUCCCACAGCCCCCUGCGGCUCUUCAGCCAGUUCCACCAGAAGUGCAUGCUGGUGGCCGGGCAGGGGCCCGUGGAGGAGAAUGCCCAGAACCUGGGAUUCAAGCAUGUGGUCACCAUCGAGGCACUGAGGAAGGCAUAUCCCCUGUUAGACAUGGUGGAUCAGAGCCGGAGGCCAAAACAGAUGCCUCCUCCAACCACUGGCUUCCCUACUAUAGAAGGUGUGAUACUGUUUGGUGAGCCGGUGAGGUGGGAGACAAGCCUGCAACUUAUUAUCGAUGUACUCUUGAGCAAUGGGAAUCCUGGGGCAGAGCUGCAAGAUGUACCAUAUCCCCAUCUGCCUGUUCUUGCCUGCAACAUGGAUCUCCUGUGGAUGGCUGAAGCCAAGAUGCCCAGGUUUGGCCAUGGUACUUUCCUUCUCUGCUUGGAGACCAUCUACAAGAAAGUGACAGGCCAAGAUCUGAAGUACGAGGCCUUGAUUGGCAAACCCAGCACAGUGACCUACCGCUAUGCUGAAUACUUGAUAAAACAACAGGCAGAGAAACAGGGCUGGAAGUCUCCCAUCCGACGCCUCUAUGCAGUUGGGGAUAACCCUAUGUCAGAUGUCUAUGGGGCAAACCUCUACAACAACUACCUCAAGUCAGCUCACCAGAACCAGGUCCAGGCUGGGGUGAAGAGGAGCCUGUGCGCAGCCAGUCCCCAAACUGAGGAUCAUCUUGAGCUGAGGAAGGACUGCAACAAUUCAGUGGAGAGCUGUGAAUCGAUUCUGGUCUGCACUGGGGUCUACCGCCACAAUGCAGAGGGUCCCAGUAGCAUGAAGGAGUGCACAACAGAGACCGUGUUCCACGGCCAUCGGGACUUCUGCUUUGACCCCAGCCUGGUGGAGGCAUCUUACAUAGUGCAGGAUGUGAAUGAUGCUGUACAGCUUGCUUUCAAGAAGGAGAACUGGAGCUAGAGUUAAGACAGGUGUGUCUAAAGAUCUACCAUCAGGGAUUUUAUGUACUGGAAGGGGAAUAGAGGAAAAAUGGAGAGGGACCUGGAGUCAUCUUCUGAUCUAGGCAAUAUGAAAGAAAACUCCCUGUCUCAGCACUAAAGGCCCCUUGCUUUUAUUGCUACUCAUCUGCAAUCCUGACAGCUGCCAGCAGACUUUCAACCAUGAACAUACAUUGCUGCCAUCAAUAAUUGAGCCAUGAUGGAAACAGGGUAUAAGGAGAAGGCUUGUCCUAGCAAUCCCAGUUUUGUUCAUCCGUCAGAGUUCUUUUUUCCCCACCAUUUGUGUGUGAAGAUCAGGCAAGCCCACCCUCCUGCUUGCAAUGUGUUUGAGGAUGAAGCUCUUCCCUGUGCAAGGAGCCACCAGAAGCUGUGGUGGUGGCACUGUGCCAAGGAAAGGCUUUAAGUCUUAACAUUUGCCUUGUGAAGAGUAAGUGCCUACGGACUUUAACAAAUGCAAUUUGCUUGGGGAUUUGUCGCUGCAUCACUGUCACUCUGAAACAAAGUCCCAUUUUGCAGCCCUCUGGCAGCUAUAGAGGGGCAGGGCCCCUCAAAGGAAGCUGCAAUAGCCAGAGCAACUUGCUGCAUGACUGAGGGGAAAGUUGUAUUGUUCCCUGCCCUCUAUUUAGCAUUCUGUGAACACUUCUGCCUUUUCGCAUCUCAGUAGGGAGCCAGCAGCCUGCUCUCAAUAGCAGAGGAAGAAACUAACCACCACAGAGCCUGAAUUUUCAGAGGUGUAUUUGCCCAGAACUCAGUGCUGCAGCAAGAGGCUGUUUCGGCAGUCACCCUGACCCAGCUGUUGCAAGGAGCAUCCCCAUGCUCCAGCUGGCACAGCUUCCAAAGAAGGGCACUUCUUUGCCACAAGGGCAAACCUGAGAGAGUCACAGCCCACCUUUGCUCCUUCUUUGCAUGCAAGGAUUGAAAGAGGAAAUCAAGCCAGGAUGGUAUUUGAGCCCCAAAUCCCCAAUCUUCAUCCUAAAAGUACAAAUGUCUCUGUCCUUCACUUCCUUUUUUCCUCUCUUCCCUUGUGUGGUUUGCAAAUCAGGGAUAUACCAUACAGUCUGAUCCCUGUUCCUUCCUCUUUCUUUUUUAUGCAGGUAGAGUCCCCCUAACAUGAAUUAGCAGCUGGGACUUGCCUGCUCAGGAGCUUUUCCACCUUCUGUUGCCUCUGUGUUCCUAGUUCAGGGUAUCCACAGAAAGAUCAAGACCUGUGUCUCCUUAGAGAGUCCAAAGAAACUAAGCAAGCAUUGCUUCAGAAACUCCAUGUGAAAGAUUGGCUCAGCAAGGAGUGUCUUAAUUCCAGAGGAGCAUUGUGAUUUUAGAAGCAUAAACCAGUCUGCAUAUUGAUGGUAAGCCUUUGGAGCCCAGACAGCCGAGUUGGUGUUCCUAGUUAGCUCACACCACACAGAGAUCAUAAGUAGGUCUGCUCUGCCUCCUCUUCCCUCCCUCUUUCUUUACCAGGCAGCCUCAUACACAGGGUAAAAACAAGAUGUUAUGUGCCAAAGUUUGGGUUGUUCUUAAUUAAAAUAUUAACAUCCAUGUGCAUUGACAUUCUGCUUCAGCCCCUCUCCAUCCUCUCGAUACUAAUGUAUUGUCUGAGGAAGGUCACGCUGCAGAGCAGUCUCUGUUUUUUAUGUUAUGACAGGCUCUGCAUCUGAAGGGGACUGGGUGCUCUGUCAGUGACCCAGGCAAAAGAGUUCCUUUUCUGUGGCUUCUUUCUCUACCUUAUUUUCUGAAUAGGAGCAGAAAAAUACCUUCGGGUGAAUUUCCUUCCUGUGAAAUCCGUAGUGCCAAGCAAUCUCUUCUUCUCUUAGCACUAGUUAGAGUUCUUCUCCUUUAUCUUAUCAGAACAAGAAUUGCUUGGCUGCUUCUAAAAGCAGCUAUAAUGUGAGGAACAGUCUUAGAUUUGAAUCCUUUGCCUUUCAGUGGAGAGAAAAAGAAAUUACCAUUUCAUCUACUUGCACAAGACGAGGGCUUGUCUCUAUUUCCGGAAGCAUGAGUACCAGGAAGGACUUUGCAUCUAACAUAGGAAAGGUCUUGUAGCUUUCAGCACAUCUCCACAGUCAAUUCUGCUGUGGACCUGGUGUGCAACUGGAUGUCCAGAACUAGCUCCAGUGUUCCUCAGCCUCCCUUUUCAGAGGUGACAUCCACUGCAGAAAGAGGAAUUCUCCCUUCCCUUGCAAUAUUUGCUAACUUGGGUGAUAAUCGUCAUAAGAUUAAAUAAGAACUGUCUUCCAGGGUGUGAUUACAUAGACUUCAGAGAGCUUGUUGUGGGCAAUAACACCUUCAAUUUGAUAGUUACGUAUCUGCAGAAAUCCUAAGGUCUGGCCAUCUGUGUGCACUAACCUUUGGCAGAGCUCAUUCUUGUUACUUGUUAAGAUUGUGGUGCCAGUUACUCAAAGACAAGGUGCUGCUGAACCAGUGUUCCCCAAGGGAUGUAGCACUGCAAAUAAUUUUGAGAAAUCACAGGCAGAUUGUAGUUUCAUAUCAGCUUGCACAGCCCACCUCAGCCAGAAGUGAGGUAGGUAGCACCUCCUUCAAAGAUAGGAGGAGGUUUGCAUUUGCACAGAGAGUGAGCCAGGCAUCUCUGGUUUUGAAAUAGCAGUGGAGGUGAGCUGACUGACGUGGAUCUGCUUCAGAUUCCAAAUCUGAUUUUAGCUCCAGAUUUCUUUUUCCCCACCAUGUUAAUGCUGAAACAGUGCUCUGGGAGUCUUAAAACUGUGUAGGAGGAACUUCAGCAAUAAGGAGUUUAAGAAAUGCUUUGCUUGCGAGUUGCAAUUGAGCAGAAGGGAGGAGAAGAAAUCUAGAAGGAUCUUGUACCCUUUCCCCAGUUCUUACCAAGUAAGGUUGCAUAAAAGGCUCUGCUUGUUGGUCUGUGCACUAAUUAGUCAGAUGGGUUGUCCUUGGUCUGAGCAACACUGAGACCUUUCUCUUCUUCCUUUGCUCAGCUGCAUGAAACAUUGUACUUUGUCCAAGUCACUGCCUAGGAACUGCAUGGUCACAGUGGAUGGAAUAGGAAAUCUGGAUUCUCCAGUUGCUGUUGGAUACUGACCCAAUUGUGGAAGAUUUCUACAGAGGAAAGUGCUUGCCAGGGUCUCCUCUUUUCCAAGUGUUUUACACCAGAGUGCUGUGUAGGCUUCUAGCUUACCUGCAGUUCAGUUAUGGACACCGAUUAUUGCUAGGAUUCAGUGAAAUCCUUUUUCCUUGGAAUUGCAGCUUCCUGAAAUGAGCUUCAAGCAUGGCUGGAACAAAAGUUUUCCUUUGUCUCAUGCAUUGCACAGAAGUUGUGUUUCUGGAGCCAUAUUUCUCUCAUUUGGAGCAAGUAUACUUCUGUGUAGAUUAUGGGACCAAGCAGGAGAGGGGACUUCAUUUGCUGAUCUAAUACCUUAAUAUUUAUAUGGUGCACUGCCCUGAACAACAAACAUGGUGAAGAACAGAUCCUAGCAACUUCCAUCUUCUACAGAUGGAUGGGUUUUAGUCAAACAUAAAGCGAGUAUGUAGGGAGGUGAGGCAACUGAGAACAGCAGGGAGGAACCAGAGGAGGGGUAGACCUUGUUUUUGGAUCUGAAUCUUUUAUGCCAUACAAUAACAUAGUGGCCAGAGAGGUCAACUCCUUUAUCCCACAGGACACAUGCAACCACUAGCUUGGCAUUCAGGGAGUUGCAUAUCACUACUGUCCCCUUUUUUCCAAUCUUAAUCCUCGUGUGUCGUCUUCCCCCAGUACAUGGGUAAUGUUUCAGAUUACGUCAUGUACACUGUAGCAGAGUGAUUAGUUAUCAUACAGAGAAAUCACAAGCUGUGAUUGUUUUUAGAUUUCAUAUUGAUUUCAAUCCAGUGCCAGAGUUGCUCCUUUGAUCUAGCAUAUAUUACAAAAUAAAGGAUGUUUUCUUUGAAAUAAA